AUGUCUCCCCGCCGGCCCGCGGCUGUCGCGCGCUGCGUCCUCUGCGACGAGGCGGAUCCCUCAGAGCAGCUCCUGGAGAGGCACAAGUACCGCGAGUGCGCGGCCAAACCGCUCGCGGCGCGGUCGUUCUACCGCAAGGACCACCUCCGGCAGCACCUGCGCCUCGCGCAUGGCUUGGACGACGUGCUGCCGUCGAUGGGCGGGUGGAAGAUCAAGAUCACGAAGGUGAAGUCCCGGUGCGGCUUUUGCGGCGAGAUGUUCGCGCUGUGGGCGGACCGUAAUGAUCACCUCGUCGAGCACUACCGCGCCGGGGCGCUGAUUAAGGAUUGGACAGGAUGUAGGGGUCUGGAGCCGGCUGUUGCGAUGCUCGUGCAGAAUGCGAUGCCGCCCUACCUGAUCGGGGCGGAGGCGAACAACAUGGAGCCGUUCAGCGCGUUGAGAGUGGCUUCUAAGUCGCCUGCGGCGGACGCCGGGGGCCAUGCUGUGCCAUCGCAGUUUGAGUCCCUGACGGCAAGACUGGGCGACUACAUCAAGGCCGCGAUGGAGGAUAACAAGCCGGUCACGAACGACUCGAUCCGGAGGGAAGCGCGGGUGAUCGUUUACGGGGAUGAUGACCCCUGA